CCUUUCACGAUUUUCAACAGCAUUUUAUUCAUAGCGGAUUGACAGCUGCCUGUGGGGGGCCCAGUGAAAAAAAGCAACGAGUCUGCUGCCGCUUUUGAACAGUUCCCCCCACUUCCCAUUGUUUUCACUUUCUCUUGUUCUUUUCUGAUUCUUCCAAAUCUACUCUUGCAGCUGCUCGAUAAUAUUUAUUUUGAGGAUGUCGGUGGCUGGGUUGAAGAAACAAUUUCACAAAGCAAGUCAGCUGCUGAGUGAGAAGAUAAGCGGGGUGGAGGGGACGAAGCUGGAUGAAGACUUCAUGGAAAUGGAAAGGAAAAUUGAUGUCACCAACAAAUCUGUUUUCGACAUCCUGUCCAAAACCACAGAAUACCUCCAACCAAACCCGGCAUCCAGAGCCAAACUGGGCAUGCUCAACACGGUGUCCAAAAUCCGAGGGCAGGUGAAGACCACGGGUUACCCCCAGCCGGAGGGGUUGCUGGGCGACUGCAUGCUGCGGUAUGGCAGGGAGCUGGGAGAGGAGUCCACGUUCGGGUGCGCGUUGGUUGACAUCGGCGAGGCCAUGAAACAAAUGGCGGACGUGAAAGACUCCCUGGACAUCAACGUAAAGCAGAACUUCAUCGACCCGCUGCAGACCCUGCAGGACAAAGACUUGAAAGAGAUCGGGCAUCAUUUAAAGAAGCUGGAGGGCCGACGAUUAGACUUCGAUUACAAGAAGAAACGACAGGGGAAGAUCCCGGACGAGGAGAUCAAACAGGCGGUGGAGAAGUUCGAGGAGUCCAAAGAGCUGGCCGAGAGAAGCAUGUUCAACUUCCUGGAGAACGACGUGGAGCAGGUGAGCCAGUUGUCUGCCCUGAUAGAGGCGGCACUAGACUAUCACCACCAGUCCGCGGAAAUCCUGGAAGAACUCAACAGCAAGUUACAGAGCAGGAUAACCGCAGCGAGCAACCGCCCGAAGAGGGAGUUCAAGCCAAAGUCUAUAACGACCAGCUUAGAAACCAUUGAUAACAUACAACACAACGGGCUGUCCUACAGCUCGUCAUUCAAAUCAACAGAUAUCCAGAUCAACCACACUGUAAAUGGAAAAACGGAGCAGUUCACACCUACGCCCCUAACAUGGCCUGACAGCCCAAACGGCAAUCAGUCCGAGGUGCACCUGGACCAGCCCUGCUGCCGGUCGCUCUACGACUUCGACCCCGAGAACGAGGGCGAGCUGGGCUUCAAGGAAGGCGACAUCAUCAUCCUCACCAACCAGAUCGACGAGAACUGGUACGAGGGCAUGAUCAACGGGGAGUCCGGCUUCUUUCCCAUCAGCUACGUGGACGUCAUUGUGCCUUUGCCGCAGUGAUAAACCUCACGCUCCCCAAGCGCAAACUUUGGACCCCAAACCACUUUCACAAAGACGUUUCAUUACCGUACCAUUCAACGAUCACCCGGUUUUUUAUAUUUCCCUCGCCUUACCACACGGACUUGGGAAAGUCUUAAUUUCCUCUGUAUUUAUUUUGGGACGUUCUACUUGUGGCGCACGCCGCCUCGUGUGUGUCUUUAAUGUUUCUCUUUUAUUGGCUUGUUCUUUUUUGUGAUCUCGCAUACAGAGGGUUUUCGGUUCUCUCGCUGUGUCUGUACGUUGUUCUGCUCUGACGUGGACUUGUUUAUACCCCGCCUGCCGUGGUCUUAAGUGUUCAUGAAACACACUUUUAAACUGUGAGUAUAUUAACUGCAAUUCUAUGAAUGUUCUCACUGAGCCCCUCCGUUUACAUGGUAUCACUUAACUGUGAUGCGAGGAAUCGUAGUAAGUAUUACAAACUCUUGUGUCGAAUAAGGUCGAGAACCUUAUUGCACUCACCUUUCAAGUGCUUUUUUAAAUGUUAUUUGUAUUGCACUAAAGCUUUAGAAUUUACUUCCAUGGAUGCACAUCGUUGGUUUCCUUUUUAAUUUCAAAACAUUGCACUUUCUGUUUUCUUCCUUGUUAAGAUGAAACACAUAUUUAUAUCAGUCAUAGCUGUAAGUCAUCUGUAUUGUGUGUGCAUGUGCAUGUAUAUAUAUAUAUAUAUAUAUAUAUAUAUAUAUAUACUGUACACACACACACACACACACACACAUACAAACAUAUAUAUAUAUAUAGAUUGAUAUGGACUUGUAAUUUGUACUGUAUGUGAUGAGAAUUUCUUGCCUGCUAUGUAACGUUAGUCCAAUAUUGUUGGUUGAAUGAAACUUAACAAAUUGCAAAUGUUAAUGAGGCAUAGUCCACCAUCACAUCUUCAGUCAGAUAGCUCUGCUUUUAUUAACGGAGAGCAGCAAUGCUUUUAAGUGUUGCAAGUCUUUGUAGCCAGACUCAUAGUGUUUAACUGACAGUUUCUUGUCUUUAUAGAUUUUAAAAAAUGCAAUGUACUAUAUGUUGUCCAGUGAAAUUGCCAGGGACGAUUACUAAUGAAAAUUGCAACCCUCAAAUAAUAUGAUAUAGCCAUGUCACAAAUGACUACUUAUGCCAUAUGUAUGUUAAAUUCUAUAACUGAAUGAUUUUUCCAGCAUCAUUUUUUGUAUAGAUAUGUUUCUGUAGGGGUGUCCUUACAUUCCUAUUACCCAAAACAAAAAAUUGGGUACAGCCAUUCAUUUUUUACACAAUUUCAUUUCACGUGUGUAUUUUUGUUAUUUCUGGACCGACAAAGAAGAGAAAAAUAGAUGAACAUUUGAUUGCUAGUAAAUUAAUGCAGAUAUUUUGAUACAACAAAGUAAUCAAAUGCCAUAAGUUCACUGAAACUUGACAGUAAACCCUUGAUCCUGUAAAAUAAGUGGAGACUUUAUAUCAAGGGGAAAUCAGGGAGUGUUUAAAAGGACAUUAACUGAGUAAAGCACAGCACUACUCUCUGUGCCAGUAUUUAACCUAGACUGCUGAUCCACUUCAGUGAGUCUGACAUAGAGAAAGCACCCAAUUACAAGUGGAAAAGAACCUUUAAAUAAAAUUGCAUUACAUUACACACAUCUGGACCACCUUCAUGGGUGUUAAAUGAUGGAGACUGAAUCCCAAAUAUGUCAUGAAAUUGUAGAAGCUGUCACAUCUCUACUUUGCAGUUGAGUUCUUCUACAGAAUUAUUUCUCUGGUUUUGUUCAGCUGCACUAGGAUCUAUCUCUGUUCAGUAUUCAUUUUUCCAAACCUUGGUGGAAACGUGGGACUAGAUUUAUCAGCAUUUUCCUCUUUCCUGCAGUGUAAUUUAUACAAAAUGGUUUUAUAGAUGUUGUAAAUGAAUAUAUUAAUACAUAUAUUACGUAAAUAAAUGAGAAAGAAAAUACUGAACAAA